UGGAAGAAGCAGCGGGAGGAGCUGACCGCGCAGCUGUUCCAGGAGUUCAACCGCACCGUGUUUGAAGGGCAGCUGCCGGCGGGGCUGGAGCUCAGGUGGAAUGCGCGGCUGCUGACGACGGCGGGGCUGACGCACUACCGGCGCGAGAUCCCCGAUGACCCCUACACCGCGCGCGUGGAGCUGAGCAGCAAGGUGCUGGACGGGUUCAGCAAGCUGGAGCGCACGCUGUGCCACGAGCUGUGCCACGUGGCCGCCUGGCUGGUCAACCACACCGCCAAGCCGCCGCACGGGCCCGUGUUCAAGGCGUGGGCCGACAAGGCGAUGCGCCUGUACACGCACCUAGACAUCACCACCUGCCACGCCUACGAAAUUUUCUACCCCUUCAGGUGGCAGUGCACCAACAGCGGGUGCCUGCAGGAGUAUGGGCGGCACAGCAACAGCAUCGACGUGGCCAAGAAGGUGUGCGGCGCCUGCCGCUCCCCGCUGGCCUUCCUG